AUGCUAUCGAUUUUAUGUAAGCAUUAAUAUUUGUGCUAAGAUUUUUACAAGCAAUACACAAUAAAAUAUUAUACAUCCAAACAAUAUGUAAGAAAAUUUCAUUCUAAAAAUGGAGUCCCCUAAUGCUCUCCAAUGUCCCCUCUAUUUUUUAAUGUAUACAUGAAUAAUUGUCUGAGAAAUUAUCUUAAAAACUUGUAUUUUAUUGUCUUCCUCUAACAAUAAAUUAUAUGCAACCAAGUGUAAAGCACUCAAGUGCUAUAUCCAUCAAAAAAAAGGUCAAAAAACCAUUCAAAUUUAAAUGAGAAGAUCAAACCUUUUACACCUGUUUAACGCUCCUCUAUACCAUGCAUCAUGAAUUCUACUAGUUUUAAACUUCUUCGCUUAAAUGUUUCGUUUUAGAAACUGAAUAUUGCAAAUGUGUGGACGCUCUUACUCCUAUAAAUAAUUUCUAAAUUACCAUUUGUUUUGAGGAUGUUUUCAUCUGAAAUCUAAAUGUAUGUAUUUCAUGUAUAAUUUCAAGUUUAAAUUACUCAAACAAUAUAAAUCAGCGAUAGGUACUUUAUAGGUGAAAAAUUAAAAUGGAAUAUUUGCUAAAGCUAUUGUGUGAGAUGUUUUGAUAAAAUUGCUAGACUCAUUAGACAAUGA